CCAAGCUGUACGGAUCUCAACACCCUUCGACAUCCAAUUCAAUCCUCCUCCCACCACUCGCCAUGUUCUCUCGCCAGGUCCUCCGCUCCGCCAGAGCCGCUGCUCCUCAGCGCGCUAUUACUCUCCGCGCCGCCCCCGUCCGCAGCUUCGCCGCUGCCGCCAACGAGGGCCAGCCCCCAGUCACUGUCUUUGGUGUUGACGGAACCUACGCCAGCGCUCUCUACACUGCCGCUUCCAAGACGUCGACCCUCGAGCCCACCGCCAAGGCCCUCGCCAACCUCAGCAACAUCUUCGAGAAGGAUGCUAAGCUCGCUACCAUCCUGUCUGCUCCUACUCUCUCCGCCGAGGACAAGUCCGCCAUCGUCGCCGAGCUCGUUAAGCAGUCUGGCAGCAAGGAAGCCACCGUCAAGAACUUCCUCGACACUCUCGCCGAGAACAACCGCCUCGGUCUCCUCAAGGGUGUCUGCGACAAGUUCAACGAGAUCAUGUCUGCUUCUCGCGGCGAGGUUGAGAUGACCAUCACCUCCGCUCAGCCCCUCGACAACAAGACCCUCUCUAGACUCGAGACUGCUGUCGCCAAGUCUUCCUACGUCGGCCAGGGCAAGAAGCUCAAGGUUACCAACACCGUCAACCCCGACAUCGUUGGUGGACUAGUCGUCGAGGUUGGUGACCGUACCAUCGACCUCAGCGUCUCUGCCCGCAUCGCCAAGAUGAACAAGCUCCUCACGGACUCCCUGUAAAAACAUCAAUCGCAUAACUACAUCCCGAUUAUUGAAAAUCACCCGAGAUUCCUUCGUCUUAUUCCAGCACUAAAACCAACCCUACCUAAAAAGGAGUUGC